AGUUUGAGAUGCGAUGUCAUCAUUGCCAGGUUCGUUCCCUCUGCGCGACUCGUUUAUCCAAUCAAAUCCUGCACCAGACGUGGGAAUAAACGUCGGAACGGAGCUCCCAAAUGCAAAAAAUUCAAGCGACCUCGUUGAACGCAUUUUGCUCUUUCCUACCUAUGCCCGUCUGGAACAUGACCCAGCGACGGUGCCUACAUGCCCGGCCACACCUGUGCCCCAAGUAUCUGGAGAAUCAGGGAACCCAUCCCGAACCGUUUGGCUGGUGAAUGUAAAGGGUUGGGUGUAUGCGACGCGUGCGGAGAGUCGCCGCCGCAAACUCAUUUUGAGCCUUUCUCGGAGAUUUCUAGCCCCCUCGACAGUUGAUGCUGCAUCUCGUUCGCUUCAUGAUGAACGAGCAGGCAUGUUUCUAGCAAAUUCGCUGAAGAACGUGGAUAUCAGAGUUUGCGCUAUUGGGCUAGCCCCAUCAGCAUUGGUUUUGAAGCGGAAUGGGAUUGACCGUGCUGUUGACAUAGGGGAGGUCAUCGAUCAUGAGGAAGCAUUAGAGGAGGACGAGAUCAAGGCACUGGAUUGUGCUUCCCUGGGAACGACUGAGACAGGAAUAACACUUACAACGGACACGAGCGGGUUUUUUUCUGGAACUAUUGAGUUGCCUUCAAAGAUUGUUGACGCCUGGCGACAAGAAAAGGAUGAAUCUGUGGCGGACCAUGACCAGAUUCGAAUCGCGGCCUUUAAAGUUGGAUGUCAUUCAUUGCACGCUGUGGGAUCAGUUGAGUUGAUUUCUCCCACGGGGAUAUCAAUAAUAUCGGAUGUAGACGAUACCAUCAAGGAAUCAUCGGUCCACGAAGGGCGUAUGGCUGCCAUCAACAAAGCCUUGUUCUCGGAGGCCAAAGAUGUGGCUGGGAUGGCAGAUGCGUACAACUACCUUCGAUCGAAGAAAGUGUCCGUGCAUUAUGUCAGCGCUGGCCCAUAUCAACUAUAUCCCAUGCUGAGCGCCUUCUUCAAAACGAGCAGAUUCCCACCUGGCUCGUUAAAUCUGCGAAAUGUUUGGGAGCGCGAAAACAUGAGCAGUAGUACCUAUAAGCACAACGUCAUCAGUAGGAUUUUACGGGACUUUGGUUCCCGCCAAUUCAUCCUCAUCGGCGACUCUGGGGAGAGCGACAUCGAAAUAUAUGCGAGGGUGUACGAAGCAGCACCGCAGCAAAUUUUGAAAAUUUUCAUUAGAGAUGUCAAUAGUCAUAAACAUCCAGCAUUCACAAAGAGCCGGACAUUCCCGAUGGCCUAUCGCGAGGAAACUGCCCUUGCAGCGACAGCGGCAGCUAUCAACCCAUUGGUAGCUCGAGCAAGAGCAGCAUUCCAUACACUACAUGACAGCAGUUGGAGCUUAUUCAAACUACCGGAAGCAAUUAUUACAGACACUAUAGUGCAGCAUGCAAUUGCUAAAGCUUGAGAACAAGCAGAUAGCAUGUAGUCCAUACUGUGACAUGUACACCUAGAAAACUAUAGAGGUUCAGCUGAACUUGCUGGUUAUGUGAUGUGGGAGGUUAAGGUGAAACAGGGAGGAAUGCAUGUAUUAUUAGAUUCUUAUAUUAAGAAGUGCUGUGUGGUUAAAUAUAGGAAAUAUAGAAGGUUGCACUAGAAACUGGAUCUAAACCACAAGUCUUUAGAAAUAGAAUUGACUGGUUAAG